AGAAAUGGCUCGUCAAACCGCAAUAGCAAUCAGCAGCAACCACCUCCCCCGUCUCCUCCUCCUCAUCAGCAUACUCCGGGUAGAGAUCCCAUUACCCAAGUUUUGAUCGAUUUCCGUAACAUGUAUCCUCCGGUGUUCACCGGAGUUGACGACCCCGAAGCUACGGUUGAAUGGCUUCAGCAGCUGGAGAGUAUCUUCGAUCUGUUGUUCACCACUGAUGAGGUGAAAAUCCGUUGUACCUUGUUCGUGAUGACCGGAGAUUCUAGGGCUUUGUGGAAUGACUAUUGGAGGCUCCAUCCUCGUGCUGAGAGAGAUGCCUUGACUUGGGACCAGAUGGUUACUAUAGUCAAGGACAAGUAUUAUCCAGAGGCUCACCAUGCCCAGAUGAUAAAGGACUUCUGGGAGCUUAAGCAGGGACCCCGUCCCGUGGAUGUUUACGAGCGCGACUUCACCCAUAUGUGCGCAUUUGCCCCGAUGCUCGUGGAUACCAACCAGAAGAAGGCCUUUCGUUUCCGUGGUGGUCUUCGCCCCGACCUUUGCUACACUCUAACUGGCCACGGAGCUCUGUCGUACUCCGAGAUGGUCUGCCGAGCCACCGAGUUAGAGGUUUGCCAGAAUGCCCAGAGGGCGACUGCCCCAUCCUACCAGCAGACCCCUAUGAUUCAGCCUAUCUCAGCUGUUGCGCCCGGUUCUAAUUCGAGAAAGAGGAAGGCCGACUACCAUCAAAACAAUAAAAGAAAGGAAAGAAGGGGAACUUCGGGAGGCCAGCAGCCCAGACAACCCCCACCUUACCAGCAGAGGGCUGGGGGUCAAGCCCGCGUGUAUACCAUCACCCAUGAUGAGGCAGCCAACAACGAAGGUACUAUGUCCGGAAUGCUUUCGAUAUCCAACGUGCCUGUAUAUGCUUUAUGUGAUACUGGAGCCACUCAUUCAUUUAUUUCUACUCGUUGCUUGGAGGCUUUGUCCAUUAGUAAUGUGUGCCCUUGUGACCCUCUCGAGGUUAGUCUAGCCUCGGGAAGGAUUAUUAUUUCCGAUUCUAUGAUUCCCAGUCUUUCAGUCAGUAUUGGUGGGCAUAUUUUGGAGGCCAGUGUUUAUGUGAUUGAAAUGCGGGACUUCGAUGUGAUCUUGGGCAUGGACUGGCUCACCACUAUCGAGCUGACAUCCGGUGCCAGGAGCGCGAA